GUCGCUGUUGAGUCGCUGCUGAUCUGCGCUGCUGUGUGAUGCGGGUUUGUGGGCGGAUCAUUCAGUCUUUAAACACACACGCUCUCUCUCUCACACACACACACACACUCUCUCUCUCUCACAGCGAAUGUCUGCGCUCUCACACUCAUCCACAUUAUCGGAUCUGAUCGGACUCGAGUGUUUCUCACGGUGGAGAUGAUGUCGUCGCUACGGUGACUCCGUCAACUCUGCGAUUGGCUCGUUCCGUUUGAAUCGUCAUGGCGAAGAGUCCAGAGGUGAAGCUGGCCGUGUUUGGCAGAGCAGGAGUGGGAAAGUCAGCUCUGGUGGUUCGAUUCUUGACCAAACGAUUCAUCUGGGAGUACGACCCUACGCUCGAGUCCACUUACCGCCAUCAGGCCAACAUCGACGAUGAGACCGUCAGCAUGGAGAUUCUGGACACAGCGGGACAGGAGGACGUGCUCCAGAAGGAGGGUCACAUGCGCUGGGGCGACGGCUUCAUCCUGGUCUACGACAUCACGGACCGCGGGAGCUUCGAGGACGUGGUUCCGCUGAAGGGCCUCCUGGACGAGGUCAAGCGGCCCAAACACGUGCCGCUGGUGCUGCUGGGAAACAAGGCGGAUCUGGAGCACGCCCGGCAGGUGGCCACGGAGGAGGGCGAGCGGCUGGCGGCCGACAUGGCCUGCGCGUUCUACGAGUGCUCGGCGUGCGCGGAUCAGGUGGGGACGGGCGGAGGCGUGGCGGAGGCCUUCCACGAGCUCUGCAGGGAGAUCCGCCGCAGACGCGCCGUUCAGGGCAAAACCCGGCGCCGCAGCUCCACCACGCACGUCAAACAGGCCAUCAACAAGAUGCUCACCAAGAUCAGCAGCUAAAGACAAGACUGCAAAACAUGAGCUGCCUCCUCACUAUCCGUCUUGUUUUCCAGUGCAAAAACUUUCUUUGAAGUGACAGUACACCCAAAAAUGGCAAUGUGCUGAAAAUGUCCUCAUAUAAGAUGUUUGUGUCUUCAUCAGCAGUGAUGGGAAUAACGGCCUUAUAAAUAAACAGCAUUAUUAACGGCUUUAUUUUUUUCAGUAACGAGUAAUCGAAUGACUGUUUCCCCUAUUACAAUGUAGAAUUCUUCUUUAGAAUUCUUCAGCUUUUAAGAACUACGGGUUUCUCCAGUAGUAGGCGGGACUAAUAUGCAAACGGCAAUCUCAUUGGCUGGGGCUCAGCUAUUAUCGUCCCUGUUUUGAUUUCAGCAUUGAUUAAUAUUCAUGAACCCAGCAGCGCAUUAAUCCUUAGUGCAUUUUAUAAUGUUAUUAGUAGUACACUUUGUAGUAGUUUUGUUAUCUUAUUAGUAUUAUUUUUUGUUUUUUCUAUUUUUAUAGAAACACUAAAUUACAAACAAUAUCUUAAGCACCACCACCAGUCCUAAGUUCAGUCAACAUGACAAAUAUGCAUUCAUUCAUGGUUAUUCUAAUUACUAAAUUUAUAAUACUCAAGUUUAAUGCUAAAUUAUCAAAAAUGUACUAACUAAUGAUGAUGGUAAUAUUUGCAAUAAUGCACUGAAUUUGAUUGGUGUCUCUCACAUUGUCCCACAGCAAUAUUAAAAUACUGUACAAUGUUUUAUAGUAAUAUUUUUUUAUAUUUAGUGUCCAUUUCAUUCAUUUAAAAUAUUUAAUAUUGGGGACAUUCAAGUUAUUUGACAUAUUUUAAUUUUUUUUUAAGUAACACAAUAGUUGCUUUCCCUGGUAAUUUUGUCAGUUACUAUUUGUGAGUAGUAACUAGUAAAUAUAAUUGAUUAUUUUUUUUAAAGUAACAUGCCCAUCACUGUUCAUCAGACUUGUAGAAAUGUGUUAUUCCAUCACUUACUCACCAAUGGAUGUGAAUGGGUGCCGUCAGAAUGAGAGUCCAAACAGCUGAUAAAAACAUCACAGUAAUCCACAACACUCCAGUCCUUCAGUUCAUAUCUUGAGAAGACAAAAGCUGAUCAUUAAGAGACGUUUUUAACUAAAAUACAAGUCCAUAAUCCAUCCUAACACUUCCUCCAGUGAAAAAGUGGUCUGGUCUGAAUCAGGAGAGAAAUCUGCACAGAUCAAGCACCGUUUACAAGCUAAAACAAAUCAGCUUUAAACAAAUGUAUGGCUGGAUUUUGAUUAGAGAGACAACAGGAGAUUGACUUUUUCACUGGAGGAGGCGUUAUUAUGGAUUAUGGAUUUGUAUUUUAGUUCAAAAUGUUUUGUAAUGAUGGAUUUGUUUCAGCUUUUGUCUUCUCAAGAUGUUCACUGAUGGACUGGAGUGGUGUGGAUUACUUGUGGAUUAUUGUGAUGUUUUUAUCAGCUGUUUGGACUCUCAUUCUGACGGCACCCAUUCACAUCCAUUGGUUAGCAAGUGAUGGAAUGACACAUUUCUCCAAGUCUGAUGAAGAAACAAAUGCAUCUACAUCUUGGAUGAGCUGAGGGUGAUUUUUCUGACUGCAUUGGCAGAUGUUUGUUCUAGUUUCAAGGUAGACUUGCUUAAUUUUUAUACAUUUUUCAGGAAACAAUUUGUUUUGCUUCUGAAGUAAAAGUAUUUUGAUUGAAGUAUCUUUUACGUUGGAAAACAAGACAAGCGUAGUGAGGAAGAAGCAGGUUUUUUUGUGGUUCAGACACCAGCGCUGGAUUGUGAGCUGCGCAGACGCAUCAGUGCCUCGUGUUUCUCCGUCUACGUGGUGUGUUUUCUCUGCGUGUUUCUCCACGGUCUGAAGCCCGCGGCUGUAUAUUUGUUCUUACGGCUGAACUGAAGGAUUGUGUGAAAUGUCAACACAGAUAUAUAUCAGAUGGCCCGCAUCCUCGUUCGCGUGUUGACCCAACAGAUAUUUUGAGCCGUCAAAUAAAGCGCUAUCCCGUUCAUAAUCGCGGCUCUCUGACUUCAAACGAGGAUGGUGGAAUGUCUCCAGAUGAUAUCUCAGAUCAACAGACAUAUUUCUCCUGUUUCAGGACAGAUCAUGUCCACAUGUUUUUCUCCUCCUACUCCUGACUGUCACAAACACGUGUAGAUUUCUGCCUUAAUGACUCCAGAGCUCUAUUCAUGUGUACAGUAAAGACGUCUGAGCGUGUUC